GUACCCCCCCUACCCCCGCUGUUCACAUAUAGAAAGGAGAAGGCGAGGUAAAUGUGCUGGUAAAAGUAUUUGGCGCCGAACUACAAAUCCCGAGGUAUAUAAGCGGCGACGAAGGUGGAAACGUGCAGUCACUUCAAGAUGAAGGUCCAGGUUCUGUUGUCAACCGUGCUGCUGCUGCUGGCGGGGCAGGCGUGUGCCAUCGGGAAAGGCGGCGGCGGCGGCUACAAGAAGGGCGGCGGCGACAGCGCUCCCCCGAGCUACGUGAUCCACAAGCCCUUCCUGGAGCACGUGCCCCAUGUAGUGCACAAGCCCGUCCUGGUGCACAAGCCCUUCGUGGAGCACCGCCCCGUCGUCGUGCAGAAGCCCAUCAUUGUGCACCACAAGCCAGUCGUGCAUCACGUGCAGGAGUGGAAGCUGGUGACCGUGCCGAAGGUGACUUAUGAGGCCGUGUACAGCCGCCCUGCUCCCGAGAGCGGCAAGGGCAAAGGCAAAGGCAAGGGCUUUGGCGGUUUCGGCGGCUUUGGCGGCUUCGGCGGUAAGGGAGGCAAGAAGGGCGGCGGCGGCGGUGGCGGCGGUUACGGCUUCUGGUAAUCUGCAGGGAAGCCAAGUUACAACAUUAUCUUGACUUGCAAGAUGACCAGAGACUGGAAACUGCCCAGAUGUCGUUACCUCAUUUGUCGUUAGGUUAGUUCCCGUAGCGUGGUGAGGCAGCCAUGAGUUUAGGGUAUAAAGCAGUUUGAUACUUAAACAGCAAACGUUUUCUAUGAAAAGGGUUGUUUUGCUCAUUUAGUCUCGUUAUCUUGCUUUAUGUUUCUCUGUGUGUAAGGUAAGCCUAAUUACACUUUGUUCUUGUUAACUUCUUUAGUUUUAUACUCAUUUGUCUUGUGUAUAUACAUUUACCUCAGAUGUUUUGUUUACUUCUGUUUUACAACUUCACAUAAUAAAACUAUUGAAAUAA